GGUAUUAAAAUCACAUCAACGAAAACAGUGGUGCCAUAUGAAUAUUAUUCGCUGCCAUUUUGUCGACCACAAGGCGAAAUUCAUUACAUAUCGGAGAAUUUAGGCGAGAUCCACAUGAAACAGGACACAAAAUGCAUGACAACAUGCGCAGGGCAUAGCCCAGUUACUGUAAGUAUAGAGGAUUCGGAUAACUUGGCAAGGCGAAUCAAAGAGGAAUACCACGUGCAUUUAUUAGUUGAUAAUCUUCCGUGCGCAACGCGGUACGAGGUUUCGGAUACGCAUGAGGUGAUUUAUGAAAAUGGCUAUCGCCUGGGAUGGGAAGAAAAUGGUCGUUACUUUGUGAAUAAUCAUCUGGACAUCAUUUUACGCUAUCACCAGCCGAGUCCCAAUGUUUAUCGUGUUGUCGGCUUCGAAGUUCAGCCACAGAGCAUUGACAGUUCGCGCAUCAAAUUCGGGAAUUCACAAGAAUGCACAGUGGGUGAUGGUGGACAUCAGGAAGUGAAGAGAGGUGAAAAUAAAAUUCUAUGGACCUAUACAGUGACAUGGGAGGAGAGUGCAAUACCAUGGGCAAGCCGCUGGGACACGUACUUGUCGAUGAAGGAUGUUCAGAUUCACUGGUUCUCGAUUCUCAAUUCGAUCAUCGUCAUUGUCUGCUUAUCCGGUUUCCUCAGCGUCAUAAUUAUUCGAACAGUACGAAGGGAUAUCGCACAGUAUAACAAAGGCGAAGAUUUGGUUGGUUUUUAUUUGUAA